UGUCUUCUCUUGCUUAACUAAAACAUCUGUUACUUGUUUAAUGCAGACAACUCAAAAAAUGAGCAACACAGUCUUGGUAUGGGUUCUUUUAUUCUGAAUUUUUUUUUUCCUGUGCUGCAUUCCCUUUAAGAUUACGCUCAUAUGCAAGAAUAUAGGAAAUUAUUAAGAUCAAAGCUUGGAAUGGCCGAUAAAGACUAAGAGACCACCUAGGUCAACAACACCUGUUGCUGUAGGUGCUGCAGGACUAGAGAAAAUCCGAGCAAGGGCAGGAAUAACAAUACCCUACUUGUGAACACCGAGCACUGGUGGUAGAGAUAACGGUGGGGAAAAGUGUAAUUGUGAAAUCUGGAGGAGGGAAAUAAAACAUCCGAUCUCGACCCUGAUUAUAUGCAAAGCGAUCAUUUGAAGCGCUGAGAUAACAUUUCAGCAUUUCAGCGAGGGAAACUGGCGUGUGAAGAGAGCCUGGAGUUGAACUGGACUUGUGGGCAAGGUCUUCUUGCCUCAGCGUCCUGAGUAGCGCACGCCACCGUCAGUACAGCCUGCUGGCACAAUACGAGGAAAAUCAAGGUCUGUUCACCGGCACAGCUGCCUACUUUUUCCCAGAAAUGGCCAACAGGCUUUUGAAAACCUCGUCCGUGUCUGCAAGGACGAAACUGCUCCACCAAGUGGGCACGUCCCUGUAUAACACCACUCACGGCUUCGAGGAGGAAGAAGUGAAGAAGACGCUCCAGCAGUUUCCGGGGGGGUCCGUGGACCUCCGGAAGGACGACGGUGGCAUCGGCAUCCUCACUCUGAACAAUCCCAGCAAGAUGAACGCCUUCUCAGGUACUAUGAUGCUACAACUUUUGGAAAAAGUGAUUGAAUUGGAAAAUUGGACAGAAGGGAAAGGGCUCAUUGUCCGAGGGGCCAAAAACACUUUCUCUUCAGGAUCCGAUCUGAACGCUGUGAAAGCUCUAGCGACUCCAGAGGAUGGGAUGGCCCUGUGUAUGUUCAUGCAGAAUACCCUCACAAGACUCACGAGACUUCCUCUAAUAAGUGUAGCACUGGUUCAAGGCCGAGCACUGGGCGGAGGAGCAGAAUUCACCACGGCUUGUGAUUUCAGGUUAAUGACUCCAGAGAGUGAGAUCAGAUUUGUCCACAAGGAGAUGGGAAUAAUUCCAAGCUGGGGUGGCGCCAGCCGGCUGGUUGAAAUCAUAGGCAGUAGAGAAGCUCUCAAAGUGUUAGGUGGGGCCCUCAGAUUGGAUCCAAAGAAAGCUUUAAGUAUAGGAAUGGUCGAAGAGAUCCUGCAGUCCUCAGAUGAAACAAAAUCUCUAGAAGAAGCCCAGGCAUGGCUGACACAGUUUGUUAAUGGGCCACCAGAAGUCAUUAGAGCUUUGAAAAAAUCUGUUUGUUCAGGCAAAGAGCUAUAUUUAGAGGAAGCAUUACAGAACGAAAGAGAUCUUUUAGGAACAGUGUGGGGGGGAGCUGCAAAUUUACAAGCUAUUGCUAGGAGAGGAAAAUUUAAUAAAUAACUUGAGAAGUUCCAAUUUUUAGUAUAUAUUAAAGUUUAAUGAAGUAUGAAUAGCAGAAUUAAUCUGAAACUUACGACUAGUAUUCAGAUUUGUUUUCAGAUAUUUUGAAUAUCUGAACUCACUGGCCAAUUUUUAAAGAUAUUUGGUAACAUACUACAUACUUUUUAUAGAAUCAGGUUUUUCAUUGCAAUAAUGGAUUCUUAGCAUAUGAACAAAGAAUCACCUUUCAGUUUUCUGUCUUGAGAUAAAUGUUUUAUCACUAUGCUGCUGUCACUUCUACUGACAGAAAACCUAUUGCCUUUUUCCCCAUAAAACUUUUCUUCCAUUUUACUUGGUAAUAAUUUACAAAAACAGUAUAGUGACCCUUUUACUUAAAGAACGUGGGGAGGGAUCAUAGGGUAAGAAAAGGUAUGAUGUCAUUUUCUUCUGUUCCAUGUGAGGGGAAAAAAUAAAGAUGCACCCCAUUACCCUCUCCA